AUGCCCAGAAUCCCCAAGAGUAGCAACACAUCACACGACAAUUUGAAAAAAAAAAUUAAUGGAGUAGACCCAAACGUAAGCAGGAAGAGACCCUACUCAAACGAAAACGAAGGCAAUGGAAACCACGCGCCGAAGAAAAUUCAUGACGAAAGUGAUCAACACGUGCACGCGGAGAGAGACCGUUACGUGUACAACACAGCUGACACACCCUCGAGGAAAUAUUCUGUUCAAAAAAAUAAAACCAACGAUAGUGAAAACUGGAAGACGAAAAUGUCAAAGCUGAAGGAAAAGCUUUUUUGGAAAAAUAUGAACAAGUGA